AUGUUGUUUUCCCAAUUAAUUUUGGCCGCGGCCACAUUCUCAAUGAACGUUGCUUCACUCGCUGUACGCGCCGACACACGAGAUGCAGAUCUUUAUUUGGAGUUCUCCAACAAGUUGAAUGAUGGCAAAUUGAGAUUAACCAAUGCAGAGGCAAAAUCGGGCAAAUUCCAUGCCGACCAUGUCAAUGACGCAUUAACAACUGAACAAAUCGCCCAUUACGCCUUUCCCCCUGGCGAACAACAUGCCAUCUCUAUCGACAAGACAGUUUAUCCCGCUUACAACCAAUAUGUUGCACGCGUGGAGGGUUCGCUAGACAUUUACAACGAGGCUAUUCAGAAGACGAUAGCUCAUGUCUAUUUCUAUGCCAACUCGUCUGUUCCUGCUGCUGAUUAUAUCCUGGAUGUGUCUGAUGUGGUCGAUGGAUACAAAGUGACACCAAAGGGUGGCGAGCACAAUCCACGCUUUAUCACCUUCAACAUUGAAAAUUGA